AUGGGACUCCUGGACCUCUUCAUCACGGCAUGUGUGCCUGUUCUCAACACGCUCCUGGUUACCGGCUUCGGAUCGUUCCUCGCAACUGACUUUGCUGGGAUUCUGGGAAAAGAAGCAAGGAAGCAUCUAAACUAUGUGGUGUUUUAUGUAUUCAAUCCAUGUCUUGUCUCAAUCAACUUGGCAAAAACAAUCACCAUGGAAACCAUGGCCAAAUUGUGGUUCAUGCCAGUGAAUGUCUUCUUCACUUUUAUCUUCGGGUUAAUCUUCGGUUGGUUCGUGAUAAAAGUCACCCGAGCUCCACCCAAGUUAAGAGGCCUCAUUCUGGGUUGCUGUUCUUCUGGCAAUCUGGGCAAUAUUUUCCUCAUCAUCAUUCCAGCUCUUUGCAAAGAGAAGGGAAGCCCGUUUGGAGCACCUGAUGUUUGCCAGACUUAUGGACUAGCCUACUCAUCGCUCUCAUUGGCGAUCGGUGCCAUCGUUCUUUGGACGGGCGCGUACAAUAUUAUUCGUGCAAACUCAGAGGUCACUGAAGGAGACGGUAAACCUCCCACGGCUCAAACAAAAGUGUCGGCUCCAGGAGGCACUACGGGCGUAGUUUCAGAGACAAAUUAUUCGAUCUUGAGUGAUCAUGUGGAUGAAUGCUCUCUCCCAUUGAUAUCCAAUGCAACUACAAUCAAAACUAAGGUCCCAUUAUCAGAGAGAGCAAAACGAUUUGUAUCAUCGGUUUCUAACACAGUUGAUCUGAAGAAGCUGUUUGCACCUUCGACUAUUUCAGUGAUUGUCGGGUUUAUAAUUGGAGGAAUACCUCUGCUUAGAAAUGCUAUGAUUGGAGAUAGCGCUCCACUUCGUGUCCUUACCGAAUCGGCUGAAUUAAUCAGCGGAGGAGCCAUUCCAUCUGUGACGCUGAUUAUGGGAGCGAAUCUCAUCACCGGUUUGCGAGGAGAUGUGAGCGUCCCACGGGCAGUGAUCGCCGGUGUCGUGGCCGUCAGGUUCGUCCUCCUGCCAUUGAUGGGCACCGUGCUUGUGAAAGUGGCGAUCCGGCUCGGCGUCAUCCAACCAGACCCUCUAUACCAGUUCAUCCUCCUGUUGCAGUACGCCGUCCCACCCGCCAUGAACAUCGGGACCAUCACGCAGCUUUUUGGAGUGGGUGAAAGCGAGUGCUCGGUGAUCUUCGUGUGGGUGUACGCGGUGGCGUCGGUUGCGGUGACGAUGUGGUCUGCGUUCUUCAUGUGGACCUUGUCAUGAGCAUCUCCCGUGUAGUAGUACGUCGGAGUCUCUGAAGCCGCGUUAUACUAGAACAAGGGAAAGACCGGAGAGCCCAGCGAGCUAGUGACCAUUCUAUCUCAUCUCCCUGAGUCGAUCAGAACGCACAAGCUCAAUCGAGUUGCUAUAAAGCCUACAUAUUGUGGAA